AUGGCCUCUUAUUCGCGGCAUCCGCGGAGCAAUAUACUCUCGUCGCCCAUUCUUUCAGUACUAUGCCUCGUAUAUUUCUUCAGCUCAACCGCACUGGCUGCGUCGGCAGUUCUAGGAGUCGACCUGGGUACCGAAUAUAUCAAAGCAGCUUUGGUUAAGCCAGGAAUUCCUCUUGAGAUUGUUCUGACCAAGGACUCACGGCGAAAAGAAGCAUCUGCCGUGGUCUUCAAACCUUCCAAGGGCGGCCCUAGAAGCGGAGAGUUCCCAGAGAGGACGUAUGGCUCUGAUGCCAUGGCUUUGGCAGUUCGAUUCCCUGGCGAUGUAUACCCAAAUCUCAAGACACUCCUGGGUCUCAGCGCAGACAACACCGUGGUAAAGGAAUACGCGUCUCGGCAUCCCGCUAUGCAAUUGGCCAAGGAAAAAACAAAGGGCACAGUGGCAUUCAAGAGCGGCGCAUUUGUGGCUGAAGAGGAGGUAUGGACAGUGGAAGAAUUACUCGCAAUGGAGUUGCAGAGCAUACAAAAGAACGCCGAGGCGCUCGCAGGAAAGGGUAGCAGCAUCAAGGAUUUGGUUGUGACCAUUCCUCCAUUCUACACCGCGGAAGAAAAGAGAGCGGUAUUGCUGGCGGCAGAUUUGGCAGGACUUCGAAUUUUGGAGCUCGUUAGUGAUGGAUUGGCGGUCGGUUUGAACUAUGCCACUUCUCGAACAUUCAAAAGCGCUAGCGAGGGUGGAAGCCCAGAAUACCAUAUGGUUUUCGAUAUGGGCGCAGGUUCAACCAAGGCCACCAUUCUGAGAUUUCAGGGACGAACCGUGAAGGACGUCGGCAAAUUCAACAAGACUAUCCAGGAGGUUCAAGUGGUAGGAGCUGGAUGGGACAGAACCCUUGGUGGCGAUGCUCUCAACGCCAUUAUCGUCGAUGACAUGAUAAGACAAUUUAUCUCUUCACCUAAAGGAAAGGAUGUUGGAGCAUCAGUUGAAAGUGUAAAGGCCCACGGGAGAGCCGCAGCAAAGCUUCUAAAGGAAGCAGAAAAGAUGAGACAUGUUCUCAGCGCCAACGCCAAUACCCAAGCCAGCUUUGAAGGUCUUUACGAGGAUGUCGAUUUCAAGUACAAAAUCACACGCGUACAGUUCGAAAAACUUGCGGAAUCCUACACGGCCCGAAUUAAGGCUGCUAUCCAAAAGGCACUAGACAUGGCGAGCCUCGAAUCAAAGGACCUGGACUCUAUCAUCCUUCACGGUGGAGCCAUUAGAAUGCCUUUUGUUCAGAAGGAACUCGAAACUUUCGUGGGUUCUGCUGACAAGGUUCGAACCAACGUCAACUCCGAUGAGUCCGCUGUGUUUGGUGCUGGUUUCCGCGGUGCUGCUCUUAGCCCCUCGUUCCGAGUGAAGGAUAUCAGAGCGUACGAAGCAGCUGUUUAUCCGGCAGGAAUCAAGUGGACCAACAUCCACGAAAAGCCACAGCACCAACGAUUAUGGCAAGAAACUUCUUUCCUCGGCGCCGAAAAGCAGUACAGCUUCAAGAACCAAAAGGAUUUCUCCAUCAGAUUUUACCAACAUGUUCCCUCAUCGGAGAAUGUAUCCCCCGGCUCAGCAGAAAAGGAGUUGUUGACAUUGACAACACAAAACUUGACAGAAUCCGUCGCUCGACUAAAGGAGAAGUUUGGUUGCACGGAUGGAGAUAUCAACCUCAAGCUUAGCACUCGUCUCGCCAUCUCUAAUGGGGAGGUGGAAAUUAUCAAGGCAGUCGUUGACUGUGAGGUUGAUGAGAAUGAGGACAAGGCCGGUGUAGUGGACAGUGUCAAGAACAUGCUCGGCUUCGGGAAAAAGGAUCAGGCACCACUUUCCGAUGACGAAAAUGUAGAGACCGUGUCUGGUACUUCGACCAGCAGCUCUUCAAGCUCUCCCACACCUGAAUCGUCCGGCAAGGCAUCCAAAGAUGCUAAGAAGGAUAAGAAAGAUAAGAAGGAUUCCAAAUCGAAGGGCGCCAAGGAUGAAAAGCCAAAGGUUGUCAAGAGAUUUGAAAUCAUUCCGGUUAAGUUCACAACUGAACUCAAGGGUCUUCCACAAUUGCCAGCCGCUGAGAUCACACGGAUGAAGAGUCGUCUUUCAUCCUUUUCCGAUUCCGAUCGUAACCGUCGUCUUCGGGAAGAAGCUCUUAACCGGCUCGAGGGCUAUACCUACAAGGUCAGAGACUUGUUGGAAAAUGAAGAUUUCGUCUCAGCUUCUACAGCCGAGGAGAGAGCCAGCCUGGAAUCCCUAUCCCAAGCGGCAAGUGAGUGGAUUUACUCGGGUGGUCUGACUGCCACUCGGGAAGAGCUGAAAGCCAAGUUGAAGGAGAUGGUUGAUAUUGUUGGCCCUAUUGGUAUCCGAAAGGACGAGACAGUCUCACGGCCAGAGCAGCUCAAGCUUCUUAAUGAAGCCUUGAACCAGACCCGUGUCAUGAUUGCAGGAAUUAGAGACCAAAUCGCAAAUGAUACCAAGAACCACGAGGCUUUUACCGCAUCAAAGUUGAGUGCUGCUAAAGAAACACCAUCGCCUACGCCAUCUGCAUCCGUGGAUGAUUUUGAUGGAUUGGAGGAUGAGCCAGCAAAUACCACCGAGGAACCAGUCGAAGAGGAAACCAUGGCCCCACCUGUCUACAAGGAGUCCGAUCUUGUGGCCCCUCAAAAACUCGAGGAAGACAUCUCCAAAUGGCUGGCUGAGACCCUGGCCAAGCAGGAGGCACUCAAAGAAACAGAUGACCCUGUAUUGUUAACCAAGGACCUCGCCGAUAAAGCUAAACAGCUUCAAGAUAUCCAAGUUGAACUUAUCAUGAAGAGUAUGCAACAACCAUACAAGUCCAAGCGACCUACCAAGCCCAAGAAGGCAUCAAAACCAAAGAAGUCCAAGUCUGCAAAGUCGAAGACGUCUGGUUGGAAUCCAGAGAAGACGUUUGACACCAAUGGAGACGGUGUUCCAGUAUUCAAGAUGGGCGAGGAUGGGGAAAUGCCCAGUGAAGAGGAAAUCCUCAAGAUGAUUGCGAAGAAUAAGAAGCCAGCUGGUGAGGAUGGUUCUGCUGGCAAGAAGGACGUUAAGGAUGAACUAUGA